GUUGCCGUCUUCAUGAUAAGUGAGUUCGCCUAGCGUAGCCUGAGAACGGUCGCAGUUUGCUGUUGUAUGAUUCCAGGGCAGAGUACUUACAAAAAUAGCUCAGUCUCUAAAGCUUUUUCGCAAAGGAAAGAUGGCGAGUGACGCCGACAUGAACGAGAUGCAGCCGAGAUCAUCUUCCCCUGACAGAGAUAAAAGGAGACCGAGUGUUGAGACUCUCAGAUCACCUAGAAACUCAAAACACCACAACUCAAGAUCCAGGUCACGUUCAAGGGAACGGAAACACAAGUCGAGUGAUAAAAAGCACAGAAGAAGCCGGAGUAGGAGCAAAGAGGCUCGAAGGAGGGACUUGGCGAAGGCGUCCAAGUUGCAGAGCCGACUGGAGGAGGCCCAGCAGGAUGAGCGGGGCCGAGAGAGGCUGUCGGAGGAGAAUGGCGAAGAACGCCACCGCCGCAAAGACAGGAAGGCAUCCAGAGGCAGAAGCUACUCCAGGUCAAGAUCACGGGAGAGGCGUCACCGCAGCAGAAGUCGAGACAAAAAGCGCUCUCGCAGUCGGGACCGCAGGUCAAAGAGCCGGGAGAAGAAGAGUUCCAGGUCCAAACAUAGACACCGCAGCAGGAGUCGCAGCAAGAGCAGGGAAAAGAAAAAACGGACUGAGAAGAAUCGGCGGAAGAGCCGGAGCCGCACUGCGAGUCCCCCUGCCUUCCGUGGCCGAAAUACAGCGAUGGACGCUCAGGAGGCAUUGGCCAGAAGGUCCGGAUCACUGCUGAGGUUAGAAAGGGCAAAGAAGCUUCAAGAGCAGAAAGAGAAAGAGUUGCUGGAGAAACAGCAGAAUCAGCAGCAGGAGGAGACUGUUGCUGGUAAGGAACAGACACCAGUGGAAGCUGCCGCAGCCUCUGCUCCCCUCCUGAGUGAUGCUGUGGCUGCAGCAGCAUCAGCGGCUGCCGUGGCCGCUGCUUCCAACCCCGUGCUGAACGUGGCCGCAUUACUGGCCUCAGGCACACAGGUCACGCCACAGUUUGCCAUGGCGGCACAGAUGGCGGCCUUGCAAGCUAGGACGUUAGCAGAGACUGGCAUCGCUGUGCCCAGCUACUACAACCCCUCGGCAGUCAACCCCAUGAAGUUUGCUGAGCAGGAGAAGAAGAGGAAGUUGCUCUGGACGGGCAAGAAAGAAGGGCACUCAAAAAAUAUGACAGCUGAGCUCUGGGAGAAGCUGAAUUUUGGCAACAAUGACCAGAAUGCCAAAUUCCGCAAACUCAUGGGUAUCAAAGAUGAAGAGGAGGCUGGAGCAUCUCGGUCAUUGAACGACGAUGGCCUAAAGACUCUACAGCAUCAGGAAGAGAUGUUCCGUAACCUGGACGUUCAGUACGAAAUGGCCCGCUCACAGACGCACACCCAGAGAGGCAUGGGACUGGGCUUCGGUUCCGCGUUCUCAUCUCGGGGGAUGGAUGCCCUCUGACCUCCUUGAUCUUGUGACUUCCACAGCUUGUUGCUCUCCCUUCUGUUUACCAGCUUUGUCACUGAUCGAUUUGGUGUCUGUUCAUUUGAAGCUGGAAGCAUGGAUGUUAACUUGCAUGGAUGUUGGUUGCGUCGGAUCUAAUUUAUGUAGGAAGAAUCCCAUAUCGUGGAACAUUCACAUGUAAAUACAACUUUGGGGGCUAUGUCUUGAUUGAUCUCCAGAAUUAUGCAGUGGUGCAAUAUAAGCUUUGGGAGGUAUUUAGGCAUCUGUUAGACAAUGUGACGGCUUGAUAACUGAUUUUGUAUUCCGCUUGUAUAUAUUUCAGAUGGUUUGAAGGAAAGGAACAUCGAAGUAGAUACCGAGAGGCAUUCUGUUGUUUGCAUUCAGUGACUAUUCAGAUACUACAUAUAUCAUGGGAGCAAAUGUUUCCCCUGAUGAUAAUAGUUAUUGCUCAAUUAAGAGUUCAACACACAUGUCCUAAAAAUAAAAGGUAUUGUAUUAA